AUGACUCGUUUAAACAAUGGAGAGGCUGAAAAUCAUAUUCAAAAUGGAGACUCAGAACCCAAUUCUAAUGCAGAGGACGCUACCAAAUCCGCAAAAGCGAAGCGGAAGAGUGAUAUAACUUUAGAGGAUAUGUACAAUACCCAAUAUGAUUUAGACGAGGAGGAUGAUGACAGUGAUUGGGAACCAUUUGAGAACCAUCACGUCGUUGAAAUUGCCAAGUGGUUUUGUGUCAAUUGCACAAUAGCUAAUCUUGAUAAUUUUGACUAUUGCAAUGUAUGUGGCGAACAUAAAAAUUCUGGAAUACUAAAGCAUGGGUUUUUCGCCUCCCCCAUUUCUCAAGAGGAAGGUUUUGAAACAGAGGUAGCUGAAAGACAUAAAGAUUCAUGCUUGCAAACUAUUGUACCGGACAAAUCUACUGCCAUAGGAUUUGACGAAAGGAUGUUGCUUCAUGAAGAAGUUGAAAUGAAGUCGCAUCCUCAUCCAGAAAGGCCAGAUCGUCUUCGAGCCAUUGCUGCUAGCCUUGCAACUGCAGGUAUACUUCCCGGAAGGUGCUAUCCAAUCUUGGCACGAGAAAUUAAACCAGAAGAACUCCAGAUGGUACAUUCCUCGGAGAAUAUCGAAGCUGUUGAACUUACAAGCCAUAUCCUCUCCAGCUACUUAACGCCUGAUACAUAUGCGAACCAACAUUCAGCACGUGCUGCCAGGCUUGCAGCUGGCUUAUGUGCUGAUCUUGCUUCAGCUAUUUAUUCUGGAAGUGCCAAAAACGGUUUUGCUUUGGUUCGCCCUCCUGGUCAUCACGCUGGUGUAAAACAUUCAAUGGGUUUCUGCCUUCACAAUAAUGCAGCAAUUGCUGCAUGCGCAGCUCAGGUUGCAGGAGCUAAGAAGGUCUUGAUCGUUGAUUGGGAUGUACAUCAUGGGAAUGGCACCCAGGAAAUAUUUGAGAAAAACAAAUCGGUUUUGUACAUAUCCCUGCAUAGACAUGAGGGCGGAAAGUUUUAUCCUGGUACUGGAGCUGCUGAUGAGGUAUUAUGUCUGUGUUCAUGCUUGUGGUGUUCUCCUUCAGAGUUUGCCCCAGAUUUCACUAUCAUUUCAGCUGGAUUUGAUGCUGCAAGGGGUGAUCCUCUUGGCUGCUGUGAUGUUACUCCUGCUGGCUAUGCACAAAUGACAGAAAUGUGCAGUGCUCUUUCAGGCGGGAAGUUAUUGGUCAUCCUUGAGGGCGGAUAUAAUCUUCGUUCAAUAUCAUCCUCAGCCACUGCAGUAAUUAAGGUUUUACUUGGUGAAUCUCCUGAAUGUAAUUUGGACUGCGUAGUACCUACCAAGGCUGGAUUACGAACUGUUUUAGAGGUCCUAAAAGUUCAGACAAAAUAUUGGCCUGCACUGGAACCUAACUUUUCUAGGUUACAAUCAGAAUGGGGAUCAUAUGCCUUCCAUCAUGCAAAAAAACAGAAAAGAAAGAGAAGACAAGCAGUGCCAACGUGGUGGAAACUGGGACGAAAGAGGUUAUUGUACUGGGUCUUGUGCAAGCAGCAUCGCUUACAAUUGAAAUGGUGCUAA